UGACCCCCGGCAUGGCGGUGAUGGGGGUGCAGGUCCUGGUCACCCUGCUGGCCGCCAGCCUGAUGCAGAAGCUGGCCCCGCACUGCUCCUUCGCCCGCUGGCUGCUCUGCAAUGGCAGCCUGUACAGGUACAAGCACCCCACGGACGAGGAGCUGUGCGCCCUGGCUGGGAAGCAGCGCCCCAAGAGCAGGAGGGACAGGAGGAUGAACGGGGUGAGCGAGGACAAACCUCUGUCCGUGCCCCGAGACAUCGACCUGCAGCUGGACACCAGCCCCAUCACCGCCCUGGACGCUCUGGUGCUCAGGUAUUUCCUGGAGUACCAGUGGUUCGUGGAUUUCGCCGUCUACGCCAGCGCCGUGUACGUGUUCAGCGAGGGAUAUUUCUGCCUGGUCAGCCCUUCCAGAGAGACCAACCUGGGCGUGCUCUGGUGCCUGCUCAGCAUCAUCUUCUCCAUCAAGGUUUUCUUCAUGGUGAUGCGCCAUUAUUUCCGCUCAGAGGAGGGUGGCGAGCGCUCCGUGUGCCUCAGCUUCGCCUUCUUCUUCCUCCUGCUGGCCAUGGUGGCCCUGGUGGUGCGGGAGGAGUACCUGGAGUUCGGCCUCGAGGCCGGGCUGGCCGGAGUCACCACUAGCCUGGAGCCCAUCCUGAAGCCGCGGGGCUGGGAGUGGACGCUGCCCCUGGCCAAGCUGGCCUUCAAGCUGGGGCUGGUGGCCCUGAGCUCCUUCCUGGGAGCCUGCCUGACCUUCCCGGGGCUGCGGCUGGCACAGACUCACCUGGACGCGCUCAGGAUGGCAGAGGACAGGCCCCUGACACAGGUCCUGCUGCACGUGGGGUUCGUGGCGCCCGUGCUGGUGGUGCUGAUGUGGGUCCGGCCCCUGGCCCGGGAUUUCCUGCUCCAGGCCCCGCUGGGCAAGCAGACGGUGCAGAUCCUGUCGGACUCGUCCUUCGACACGGCGCGGCUCUGGGCCAUCGUGGCGCUGUCGCUGCUGCGCCUGCUGGGGACGCGCCUCCACCUGCAGGCGUACCUGGGGCUGGCGGAGCGCUGGGCGCGGCACCUGCGCAGGGAGGCGGGGCGGAUCCCGGCCAGGGACAUCCAGCAGAAGGGAAUCAGGAAAUCCCUCUGA